AUGCUUGGCUCUUUCGUCGCCGUUAGCGGUGUUCUGGUCAUCGCCUUCUUCGUCUACGACGCCUACACAUACAACGAAGACCCCAUCGCGACCGACAUUCCCGUCUCAGAACUCGCACUCAGCCCGAGGAGAGGAGGACCAAAGAAUCUGCCAAUCGCCGACCACUUCGUCGACGACGAUGAAUGUCCUGAGAAUAAGAAGCUCAAGCACAAACCAAAGUUGGUCAUAUUAGGUACGGGCUGGGGCAGCGUGGCCCUCCUGAAGCAAUUGAACCAGGAUGACUACCACGUUGUCGUCAUCUCGCCGUCCAACACCUUCCUCUUCACACCUAUGCUGCCGUCUGCCACCGUAGGUACACUGGAGCUGCGAUCCCUUGUCGAACCAGUCAGAAAAAUUGUGCGGAGAGUGCGCGGGCAUUUCCUCAAGGCCAAGGCCGAAGACGUCGAGUUCUCCGAGAAGCUCAUCGAAUGCUCAGCUGUCGAUGCCCAUGGCCAGGAGCAAAGAUUCUACGUCCCUUACGAUAAGCUGGUUGUUGGCGUCGGAUCUGUCUCAAACUCCCACGGCGUCAAGGGUCUUGAGCACUGCCACUUCCUCAAGGAUAUCAGCGAUGCUAGACUCAUCCGCAACCAGGUCGUAAAGAAUCUUGAACACGCAUGCUUACCUACAACAUCUGACGAAGAGAGGCGAAGGCUCCUGUCGUUUGUGGUUUGUGGUGGUGGACCCACUGGAGUAGAAUUCGCGGCUGAGCUCUUCGACAUGCUCAACGAGGACCUCUGCAAGCUCUACCCAAGACUUCUUCGCAACGAAAUCUCCGUCCACGUCAUCCAGUCCCGCAGUCAUAUCCUAAACACCUACGAAGAGGCGCUGUCCCAGUACGCUGAGCAACGAUUCGCACACGACUCUGUUGAUAUUCUCACAAAUUCGCGCGUGAAGGAGGUCCAGUCAGACAAGAUCCUCUUCUCACAAAAGGAUGAAAACGGCAAGGUGGUAGUCAAGGAGAUUCCAAUGGGCUUCUGUCUUUGGUCAACCGGUGUUGCACAGACAGACCUUUGCAAGCGUCUCGCUGCUAAACUUGACGGCCAGAACAACAGGCAUGCCCUCGAAACCGAUACUCAUCUUCGUCUAAACGGUUCACCCCUCGGCGAUGUAUACGCUAUUGGUGACUGCGCGACUGUCCAAAAUAACGUCUCUGACCACAUCGUAAACUUCCUCCGCACCACUGCCUGGGAGAAGGGUAAGGACCCCGAGAAGCUGCAGAUUUCGUACUCAGACUGGCGCGGCAUUGCCAAGCGCGUCAAGCAGCGUUUCCCACAGGCAGCGAACCACCUUCGCCGUCUAGACAAGCUAUUUGAACAGUACGACAAGGACAAGUCUGGCACCCUAGACUUUGGCGAGCUUAGAGAGCUUCUCUUCCAGAUUGACUCGAAGCUCACAUCCCUACCCGCUACUGCCCAACGUGCCAACCAGCAGGGUGAAUACCUCGGCCGCAAGUUCAACAAGAUUGCUCAGGCAGCCCCUGGCAUGGCACUCAACAACGUUGACUACGGCGACCUAGACGAUGCAGUAUACAAAGCGUUCGAGUACAAGCAUCUUGGUAGCUUGGCCUACAUUGGUAAUGCAGCUAUCUUCGACUACAACGGUUAUGGCCUGAGCGGUGGUUUGUUGGCCGUCUACCUGUGGAGAGGCGUGUACUUCGCACAGAGUGUGAGCUUCAGGACGAGGUGUUUGCUUGCUAUGGACUGGACUAAGAGAGCACUUUUUGGACGAGACUUGAUGAACUUCUAA